ACAAGGUUCUUUAUUGUUGUCGGCUCACACAAAGCGCAUCUUUUGGCGUGAAGCGAGGGCAGAAACGGUUUGACGGCGCCUUGACAAGAAGAGAGCCGGGACAGUGCGUCAGCCAUGGCCUCUCUUCCAAGUUGUGUGCUGUUAGUGUCGUUUCUAACUUUAUGGACUCUGGCGCAAGGCCAAGUUGUUCCGGGUACCUGUCCGACUUUCCCCGCGCCUCAGGAAUGUCCCCCGGAGCCGGACAACGAAUGUGAAAACGACGCACAGUGUACACUGGCCAACCCCGGACUCGGCCUGAAGUGCUGCAAGGAUGGAUGCGACCUACGUUGCGUGCCCCCGAUUCCUCCACCAACUCCUCCACCACAAAGGUCUUCCGGACUAAAGACUGGGCAGCAGCGGGGCCAAAGAAUAUGAUGGACAGUGAAAUCACGUGACCAGGAUGAAAUGUAAGUAUAAGGUGCGUAUGAGAUGUAUAAAGACCAAAACGAAACAUUACAUAGCAUCACUUCGGAUCAAGAUUUUUCUCUUUGUUCGGUUUGCUCUUUGAGUUGUUGCUGGUGGUGUUUCUGUGGUAGAUGGUGUAGUUGUUGGUGGUGUUAGUGUUGUUGUUAUGCUGUCAUAUAGGUUUUGUUGUUUAUGAUGGUAGUGGUGUUAUUAAAGUUGUUGUUGUUAUUUUUGCUUUGGUGUCUUUUUGCCUUCUUGCUUUAGGUUGAGCGUUGAGGAACACAAGUCACUUACGGAAAACAAGACAGAUGCGAAAAGACACAUCUCAAGGAAUAUUUAUUGUAGCAAGCAUGCAAGAAAAAAAUCAAUGUCAAUAAAGUUGUAAAUGAUCUGAA